AUGGCAGCCCGAUACUCCAUCCCCUCCGAGACCAAGAAGCUGCUCCUGGAGGGUAUUCUCGCAAACCCGCUGAUUCGAAAGAACCUCCCUGCUGGCGCUUCUGAGGCCGCUAACAAGGUAUCCUUUGUCGGCAGCGAUUCUCCGAGCUUACCGGUCAACUGGCGUUUUGCCGAGAGCAUCUCCGCCCUCAAGGGGUAUGAAGCCACCAUACUCAACGUGCUUCUGAAAGAGAAGUACGGCAUCGAGCCUGUCCCUGUGACAAUUAAUACAGACCACGCCCAGCUAUUUAUUAUGUCGACUUUAAUCUGGACCCUAGAUUCGGCCGGCGUGAAUCUGCCUGCAAGCUGCAUUACCGACCCCUCCAGGAGGGCGGAGCUGGAAAAGUACUUCCCAUCCUGGGACAAACACAACAGCGUAGGUAGCUGGUACCGCGCUGAUGCGACCAACAUAUACAAGACAAAAGACGAAAAGUUCUUCCAUCUCCACGGCUCUAUGAACCCUGACCCGACACUCAAGUCCAUUGGCCUACCAGCAAACAUGGACUUCACAACCCCGGAGGAGGCCACCGCGUAUAUCCAGGACGCGGUGGCCAAAUACACAGCCGAGGAGCUCCAGACUCUGGCUGAUGGGCACAGGCAAGCAGGCACCAUUUGCUGGACGAAGGAGGAGUUCAAGGCGUCCGAGCACGGCAAGGCCAACGCCGAUGCCGGCCUCUUUGAUCUCGAGGCGGUCCCCAACCCGAAUCAGGGGCCCGGCUGGUGGACAUCCAUCCCGCGUACCUCGCCGGCUCGCCCUCUUGCGGGCCUCAAAGUUGUCGACCUGACCCGCGUCAUCGCCGGCCCAUCCAUCGCGCGCGGCCUCGCCGAGCUCGGCGCCAGCGUCAUGCGUAUCACCGCACCGCACCUUCCUGACAUGUCGGUGCUGCACCCGGAUCUGAACCACGGAAAAUGGAAUGCGUGCCUCGACCUGCGCGAGGAGGCGGACAGGAAGAAGCUCCGGGACCUCAUUCUCGGGGCUGACGUCUUCCUGCAGGGCUACCGACCGGGUGUGCUGGACAAAUACGGGUUUGGCGAGGAUGACGUGAUCAAGAUGUGCGAGGCCCGUGGCAGGGGCAUCGUGUACUGCGGUGAGAACUGUUACGGGUGGCGUGGACCGUGGAUGGGCCGCUCGGGAUGGCAGCAGAUCAGUGAUGCGUGCUGUGGCGUGUCCUAUGAGUUUGGUAGGGCGAUGGGCAACAACGAGCCUGUCACCCCUGUGUUCCCGAACUCGGAUUACUGCACCGGGGUAUGCGGAGUAGUUGGUAUCAUCACGGCGCUCCUUCGCCAGGCCGAGCACGGAGGCUCGUAUAAGGUGAAGGUCGCUCUGAACUACUACUCUCAGUGGCUAGUUAACAGCUGUGGCAUGUAUCCCCUGGAGGUAUGGCAAGACGUGUGGCAGCGCAACGGCUCGCCCGUUUUCCGGCACUAUCACUCGAUGCAUUACCUCAUGCCGAGGGUUCUCGGGGCGGUGCAGAAGAGCAGCGCCGACAAGCUCUUCAAGGAAGAGUUCUUUACCCAGUAUUUUGUCAAGUCUUUGGGUAAGACGAUGCGCAUCGUGGCCCCGAUCCUGCAGUUCCCCAACCAGGGGGUGAAGCUCGGGUUCGAUGUUGGGACUCGGACAAACGGCGUGGACGAGGCGAGGUGGCCCCAGGAUCUUAGCGUUGAGAAUGUUGAGUAGUGGCAGUACUCGUGUUGGCUCGAAAUGCCAGUCACACCCCUUAGCCCGACCAAGGUACGGGGUGUGGCACAUUAGGUACCUAUGUACAAGCAUCGACUGUUGCACAUUGAAUACAA